AUGGCAAGCUUCGACGUCAAAGCUUAUAUCACGGGAGCAAAAUGCUUGGAGCCCGGCGGCCCGGUUUGUCACCCCGGAGACGCAGUCUUCGUAGGGACCGAUGGCCAGUUUUAUAAUCCACAGACUGAGUCCCCGAUUGCCGCACCAGUCAAAAACACCAAUAUUGAGUUUCAUGUCGACAAACGUGGGGGGACUGAGAAUAUAGUUCUGCCUGCUUACUUAAAGUCAGCUCGUAUAUGGCUCGUGGCCGACGGCGAGAGCCUAGUGUUCAGUGCACACGUUGACGGCGGCAAUCUUUUCAUGGACAUGCCCUCAGCCACGACGGAUGCGACGGAUCCCAACCAUAACAGACGGUUUAGUUUCGUCGAGUUUGACAGUAAUCCCGAUGAGCUUUACGCCAAUCUAUCGUUCGUGGACUGGGUCAGCUUGGUUCUCGGGAUAUCCCUAAAGACGAAGAACGGGACGGAGCCUCAGACUAUCCCGGGUCUCAUGAAAGACUCUGUGGACAACAUCUGCAAAGCUGUUCAAGAGCUUGGAGGCGCUUGGGCAGGUUUGUGCAUCAAACGAGCAGAAGACCAACAAACACUGCGCAUCCUCUCGCCGAAUCUGAACAACAGUCUUCACCAAGACUUCAUACCCGACUAUUACGAUAAAUACGUCAACGCCGUUUGGGAAAGAUAUAUCAACACCCAGGACGACGGAAACUGCCAUAAAGUUGACAAAGGCCAUGAAGUCAAGUGCCAGGUAGACGUCGGCACACAAAAUUUAACCUGCGACGCUGGGACCCCAAACCAGUACCUCAAGCCCACAACAGCUGAUAUCUGGGGCUGUGACUCGGGGCCCUUCAAGAUCGAUGGGAAUGAUGAGAUCUCCAAAGAGAUCGUCAGCCGUAUAAGUGCUUCUUUCGUUCGGAGCACUCUGCUGCUAGACGGAGGCGACAUCCAACCCUCAGUUGGCAUGGCCAAGUACUACAAUCCCGGUGGGGAUUACCCGACCAACCAAUACUCCAGGAUCGUCCACGAGCAUCUGAUAAAUGGAAUGGGUUACGCAUUUGCGUACGAUGAUGUUAACCCCGUCGGCGAGAACGCGGCUGGCGUCUUGAAGUCACCGGACGCUGACACUCUUACGGUGUAUGUUGGGGAAUAA